AUGUCUGGAAAUGAUUACAAGUCUCAACUUGCAGCUGAGCGAAUGAAGGCGCAGGCCUUAUUAGUUGCAAAGGGAUUGAGCAGGACUCAAGCUGAACGGGCAGCUGCAGCUGCUGCCCGCAAUGUCAAUGCCUAUGGGCAGAAGGAAGAGGGUCCAAGCCGCUGGCAGGAGAGGAAGGAAGCCAAGAGACAGAUGUAUCUAGGGAGUACAGAGAAGCCUCCAAUACUGGGUGUGAAACCAAAAGCUUCACCAACCUCUUCUGGUGGUGCAUAUUCCCAAUGUCAGAAGUGUUUUCAGCUUGGGCAUUGGACAUACGAGUGCAAGAACGAUCAUACCUACAUAUCGCGGCCUUCAAGGACGCAGCAGAUUAAGAACCCCAAGUUGAAGAAGACAACCUUGUUAGAGUCCUGUCAAUUUGUGAAUCCUGAUCUUGAAAAGGAGAGGGAAGAGGAGAGGAGGCUGCUGAAAGAAAAGAUCGAGAAGGGAAAGUCUGAAAGAAGGGAGGCAAAACGUAGGAGAAAACACCUUUCGCGGAGUGGUUCAGAUCACAAUAGCAGUGAGGCUUCGGUGUUCAACACCGACACUGAAUCAUCAGCUACCGGUUCUGAAUAUUCUUCUGAAAGAGGUAGUUCAAGUUGCAGCUCCUCGGACUCGGAGGGUAAGAAGCGGAGACACAAAAGGAAGCUGAAGAAGAGACGGCACAGAAGGAGCAGCACAUCAUCAGGGUCAUCUGACUCUGAAUCCACUUCAGAUUCUGAUUCUGAUGACAAGGGCGGCCGGAGGAAGAGCAGAAGGCGAGGCAACAAGCACUGAGUCUGAUGAACCAGGCACCACAGAAGGAAAUGAGGAAGCCAAAUAUGCCAUCUCAUUUCAUCGCACAUUUAACAUAUUAUUUCCUGGGAGUACUGUUGUUUCCCUGUAUAGGGAGUGCUUGAAGCUCUAGAUAUUUCCUAUUCGAUGAUCUCUAUGAGAACAUCGAAUCAUGUAUCCA